AUGAGUACUGUAAACACGGUGGGGUACCGGAUUGGCGACGCGGUGGAGGUGUUGAGCAACAAGGAAGGCUUUGUGGGAUCCUACUACGAGGCGACGGUGGUGGGUGUGUUACCCGGCGGCAGGGGCUACGUAGUCCAAUACAAGACUCUGUUGACGGACGACUUUUCAUCACCGCUGACGGAGACGGUUCCUGCUGAUGAAAUCCGGCCGAAGUCGCUGAAUGUUUACGCUGACCUUUAUUACAUUUGCCAGAAAAUUGACGCCUUCGACAAUGAUGGUUGGUGGGUCGGCAAUAUCAGCAGGAAAAUGGGGGAUCGUUACUAUGUCUACUUCGAGACCACGAACGACGAAAUUCUUUAUCACAAAGAUAGGAUCAGAAUCCAUCUUGAUUGGGUUAAUCCAGAGUAG